UCCCGCACUUUACUUCUCUCUCUCUCUCUCUAAAAAAAUAAACGAAAGAAAAGGUGGUGGUGGUGCUGAUCAAAGCUCGCGAUUUCCCUACCAAUCUCCCAUGGCGUCUUCGUCGGAAGAACAGAGGCACGAACAGCAGCAAGAACCGCCGUCUCCUCCGUCGCCGCUGCCGGCGGUGAAGGAGUGCGUCCACAAGACCAAGCUAAUCCAGUUCCUGGGCCGAACGACGCCUAUCGUCCUCCAAAACGACAAUGGCCCUUGCCCGCUCCUCGCUAUAUGUAAUGUUCUUCUGCUCAGGAACAACUUGAAUUUGAGCCCGGAUACAACUGAAGUUUCUCAGGAGAAAUUACUUUCUCUUGUUGCCGAACGACUAAUUGAUUCAAAUAGUGAUUUCAAUAAUAAGGAUGAAGGUUAUGUUGAGAAUCAACAGCAGAACAUUUCCGAUGCCAUUGAUCUGCUCCCCCGACUUGCAACUGGGAUCGAUGUAAAUAUAAAAUUCAGGAGAAUAGAUGAUUUCGAGUUUACUCCAGAAUGUGCUAUUUUUGAUUUGUUGGACAUUCCACUGUAUCAUGGUUGGAUAGUUGAUCCCGAGGACAAGGAACCUGCCAAUGCAAUCGGAUCAAAGUCCUAUAAUGCUCUUGUGGAGGAGCUUGUUGCAUUGGACACACAAGAUGAGCAUCAAUAUAGGAAUGUAUCUGAAGAAGAUUGUGUUGAUUUUGCUGCUGCAACAACUGCAACUUUAGGCGUCCCUUCUCCAAGCCUUUCAAAAGCUAGAUCUUUUGAUGAUUCUCCACAUUUGGACUUUGAGCACCAAAAUGCAAGAAAAGGAGACCUUGAAGAAGAAACAGAGUUGUUGAGAGCUUUGAAGUUGUCUGAGGCUGAAUGGCCUUCUUCAUUAGGUGAUCCCAUUGUAGCUGAUAUAAAUAAACGGCCGGAGCUUAUCAGUUCAGAUGAGAGUCCAUAUCCCAAAAAGGUUUUCCCCGUAGGUCCUGUAGAUACGUCAGAGAAGUAUACUUUAGAAAAUAGUAAUUUCCAUAAGCCAGACUUAUCCACAUCAGAUGAUUGCAAUGCCUCCAGGAGUGGUAGUAAUGAUGUGAUGCUUUUUCAAAGUACUCCAGAAAAAGGAAAAUAUUCUUCGCCAAAGGCUAAUGAAGGAAAUAAUCUCGAUCUACCAAAUUAUGUGGAAUCAGAUGGGCAUGCUCCUGGCAUUGAUUCGGUUCAGAAAAGCAGUAUUGAUGCGCUGGUCCAGGUAGAAAGUUAUGUUUCUCUUUCUUCCGGGAGAAGCACUGCAUCUCUAGAGGGGCCCUUUGAAGAUAUUUCACGAGGCAAUGAAAAAAUUGAUAUUCUGUCCAAUUCUACGGUUGAUGUUCAUGAGUUUUCAGAUAAGAAAAAUGAGUGUGACUCAUCAGAAUUAUCAUGUUUAUUGGCGCCAAAUGCAGAUUUGCAUUCAGAUUCUUCCAGUGGCCGGCAUGUUGAUACAUCAGAAGCUUUGACGUCAAGUGUUGAUGGAAGUGAACCGAUAUAUGAAGGGGAGGAAUGUAUUUUGGAUUCAGGGACUACAGUUUUUGAAGACCGAGAACCAGUGUAUGAAGGUGAAGUGGUUCUUGCUAACCAAGCUGACAAAAGCACCUUAGAGUCAAGGCCUAAGGAUGCAAUUACUCCUCAAGCAGGGGAACUGAUCAGGAACUUUCUGAAGUACAAUGCUAGUCAAUUGACUUUCACUGGCCUUUUCUGCUUACUAGAAGGUCUUAAAGAACGGGAGCUGUGUGUUUUUUUCCGUAAUAAUCACUUCAGCACCAUGUUUAAGUUCAAUGGUGAACUUUUUCUUUUGGCUACGGACCAAGGUUACAUUAAUCAGACUGAUUUGGUAUGGGAAAAGCUAAAUGAGGUUAACGGGGACACAUUGUUUAUGACAGGCAACUUCAAGGAAUUUAAGGUAGAAAACCAUGCCAAUGAUACUUGGGAUGAACACAAUGCCAUGACCACCACUGCGGACUACAUUGCCAGCAUUGAUAGUGCAGCACAAGCGGGCGUGGAUAUAAACCCUGAUCUGCAAUUGGCGAUAGCACUUCAGCAGCAGGAGUUUGAUCAACAACCGCAGCGUCAGAAUACACAGCAACAACCAACUAUUGCCAAUUCAAGGCUGGUCACUGGUCCGACGGGGCCGAGAAGUGGUGGCAGAAAUUCUACGUUGCCCUCCAGGCCUGAACCAAAAUCGAAAGACAAGUGCACGGUGAUGUGAAUUUUUAGAUGCUCAUGUGAGACCAGUUUCAAAGUUUGUAUUGUAAAUGGUUUUAGUGCUCCACUGGAAUGGAACCCUAAUCAGCAUAUAUGUGAUUUUUAGUUUUUGACUGUAAAUAAAGUGAUGCAUUAAAGCACAAGUCAUUUUCCAUCCCCUCCUUUUCAAGAGGUUUUUUUGUCA